AUGCUAACAAUCAGUGACAACCGUUGGGUAUUAUUAUUAUUUUUUGGUCUGUCGACAAUUCAAGUUGGGUUAAAAGCCAUUAACAUACCGGAAUGUUUCAGAGACGUAAGUGGAAUUUACUUAAGAAAAUUUCAUGGUGCUAAUGAUUAUGCAAUAUUAUUCUUCUUUCCACUUGGCGGUGUUCUUCAAGUGGACUCCGCUGCAAAGCUGAAUGCAAGUCAAUAUUUCAGUGAUCAGGCUGGCUUCUAUACAUGUAAGAAACAACUGGAUAAAGCAGUGUUGUCAUUUCAUGGCCAGUAUUUCGAUGAAUCGGGUAAUAUGAGUACCGGUCUGUCGGAAGCAGUGGUCACAUUAGUUUCCCGACUUGAUCCAUCAUUGUCGUCCAAACAAUCAUUAUCAUCAAACUUGGUUCCAAUUAAACCACAAAAGAAACGUUCAUUACAAAAACGAAAAAAAGAUUUAAUUAUGAAAAGAGAGAAACAGCGUCGUCGACAGUAUAAAUUUGAAGUUAUUCGACGUGAUAUUCAUCAGUUCUUUACGUAUACGCGUGUAAAACAAUUACUAUAA